UUGUUUCAAGUGUCUCUCUCAUUGUCCAGAUCUCUAGUCACUUGGCUUGUUCAAAUUGCAUCAAUUGGAUCGGCUGUUGUUAUGCUUUUGGUUUGCUCACAAUUAGUAUCCGAUUUGAUUGAUCGGUCACAUACACUUUCUUAUGGUGUUUGGAUUGUUCUUAUCGCUGUGGUCAUUUGUCCACUCAUGUGGCUUGGUACACCAGUUGAAUUUUGGGGAGCUGCCGCUUUAGCAUUGGGCACAUCGACCAUCACAGUUAUUUUAUUACUUAUUGAUAUGAUCAAAGAUCUGAAAGCUUUGGAAACAAGUCCUCGGGUAUCGGCACCAACGGCCACAUCAAUUUCUCUUGCCUUUGGUACUUUUAUGUUUGCCUAUGGAGGUACAGCUCCAUUUCCAACUUAUCAAAAUGACAUGAAAGAAAAAGAUAAAUGGCCUCAAGCGGUCAUCAUGGGAUUCAUUAUUCUGUUCGUAUUGUUUACCCCAUUUGCGAUUAUUGGUUAUCUUGCCUAUGGUUCAUCGGUUUCGAAUAAUAUUAUUCAUUCAGUUCGACCUGGUCUAAAACGCGAUAUUGUCACAAUUCUAAUGGCUGGACAUCUUUUCUUUGCCUUCUUAUUGAUGAUCAAUCCAUCGGUCCAAGACAUUGAGAAUAAGAUUAAAGCUCAAAGAAAAAAAACAAUUUCUCUUUCGUUCUGUGUGUGUGUAUCUCAAUCUCCUUAUACUCUUUCAACGAUGCAUAUCAAAUACCUCAUUUUGGCCUGUGUUUUCAUCUUCGCCCGAAUUGUCCUUGCCUCUGAUUCUGCUCGACGUAAAUCGGAAGAGGAAACAUCCGACAAUGCUCUGAACUACGAUCACAAAGAUGUCACCCAACGAUCGGGAUUCAUGUCACUUAUCCAAGACGGUACAGUUCCCACUUUCCUUGUAAUGGGUUUAGCCACAAUCGCUGCCGCUGCUUUAAGUUCCAAAAACGAAGGUAAAUUACGCGUACGACGAUCAACCGACGCAAAUUGGUCCAACAAUUUACUCAAAAUUCUCGGUAAUGUUCAAAAGGCCGUUGAAAAGUACCAACAAUUAGAAAACGAGAUCGCUAAUGAAUUAGACGAUGAUAUGGUUCGUGAUUUCAAUUCCAAACCAACUGAAUAAAUUAAAUCUUUUUACUCUAAUCCAUCAUUCAAUUUUAUCCCACCAAUUAAAACCUUGUUAUCAUCAAAUGUUAAUUGUUUCCUAAUUUAACUUUUAUCAUUGUUUCGCCAUUGCCAUAAACAAAUCAUAUUAAACAAUCAACUCAAUUUCAUUUACUAUCAA